GUGUAAAACGUCAUGGAGAACAAUAGAUGACAAAUGUCAAACGCGUGCUUCAUAUUUCGUGGCGUUCAAGUUUAUUGAAGGAAAAAAGUUUGAAGUUUAAUUAGUCAAAAAUCGCAGUAGAAAUUGACGUUUUGUGGAUUUUGUAUACAAAUGCAUGUCAAAAGCCACUGGAGCCGGCAAACUACUGUAUGAUAAAAACGCAAGUCUAGAGCUAUCUAGGAAAACUAUAGGAAGCAUCCAAGCAACUGCUGACUUGUGAUCCCUAAGGCAACUUUGUUAAAAAAUUGAUUUUAGAAAAACGCUUUAAUCGUAUUUAGGCGACAAAAUCACUUGAACACUUAUAUAUCAAAUAGUUACACGUUGGGCUGCUCCAACAUACGUUAGUAAGAAGAUUGCUAAUAUAAAUGAUUCUGUAGCAUUGAUCGUGCGAGUUAUAAGAGGAAACAGUCACUAUUUCAAAGAUUCAAAAUGCUCUCACCGGACACACUGCAUCACGAAGAAGUCAAUUUGGCGUUAGACCGACAAGUACGCCAAGACAUACAGGAUAUGGCGCAAGAGGCGCAAAUACAAGCGCAGAUUAUAGCGCACGAAGCGCGAGAUCGAUUUCAAUCUACAUCGAGCGUCGAGGAAGAUGGUCAAGAAGAUAUUGAGCAUGACGGUGUCACCGUUUUGGGUGUUGUUGAAGCCGAUGAUGAUGAUGACGUACAUCAUCAUGAAAGCAUUGUUGAAGAGGAUUUGACCGAACACGAUUUGUCUGAUAUGCAAGAUGUCAAAGAUUUCAAGGAUAUGUUAAUGGAAUCCAAUGAUGGCAAUGCGGACAAUUCUUUAAUGCGCAAGCGACGCGGCAACCUGCCAAAACAAUCUGUUAAGAUCUUAAAACGUUGGUUGUAUGAACAUCGCUACAAUGCAUACCCUAGCGAUGCAGAAAAAUUUACACUAUCACAAGAAGCUAAUUUGACAGUUCUGCAGGUUUGCAAUUGGUUUAUCAACGCCCGAAGACGUAUAUUGCCCGAAAUGAUACGACGUGAGGGUAAUGACCCCUUACACUUCACCAUUUCAAGGCGCGGUAAAAAAUUGAACUCAUCAAUAAACUCAUCAAAUAGUUUAAGUGCAAGUGGAAUUGUACCAAAUCCUAUUACCGGCAGUCCAGCAUCCGAAGUGAUCGUUGGCGCGACGGAGGAAGUUGAGGGUGAUGAGGUGCAUGAUGGCGUCGCAAAUGUACUAACUGCGUUAGGACAUUUCGUACAAACGCCUGGCGGUCACAUGGUUAAAGUUGAACCAGACAUGGAGUACGAUGAUAGUGUAAUUUAUAGAUCGGAAGAUGACAGCGUCAACGAAUAUGAUUCGUGCGAGCCACAAAGUGAGGAGGAAGGCAAAUUUGAAAGCUCAGACGCUUGGCAAAGCGUUAUGAAGACUGUUUUCAGUACCGAGGAAGUAACGACCUCUAGUCCAACUGCAACGAAUAACACCUAUUGGACGACGGCAUCACAUCCGCACACGACGACGGCGCAAUCUGCAAUAGGUGUUACUGGCGCAACAACAACAGGCAACAAUGUGAUAGCGGCUGCCAAUGUGAAUGCGCUGGUCACCCCAAUCGAGUGUAAAGCUGAACCGGGCGUAACAGUGGGCGCCGAAGCAACGGUUGUCACAUCAGGCGUCUCAAAUGCGUCUAACAGUAAUAAUAAUAGCGCAAAUGCAACAAAUAACAAUACAAUUACAUCAACCGUACAGGUUAUACAUCCUGGCAGUCAUCUGGUGAAAGGUGUCAUCCGUGACGAUAAAGAUAAAUUUAAAUGUUUGUACCUGCUGGUGGAGACGGCAGUGGCCGUGCGCCAACGUGAGAAAGAGCAAGAAGACGAAGAUGUGCAUGUGCUGGGAAAUUAGUUAGGCGACCACCAAUAUCACGCAAUGAACAAUACAACAAAACGAAGAAAUUCAUACAUCCACGAACUGUUUGCAGUGAUGUGUCUUUUGUAUAGUGUCAAAAAUGUGAAAUUAAGCCUUGCUUUGCAACAGUUUUAUUUAUGCUAAAAUUUCUGAUAGCUCAUCGUUGUGUGAGCAAUAAUAACACUUCUAAGCACUAGUUAGUACCAUACAUAUAGCGCAAUAAUCGGUUACAUUUCAAAUAUUUUCUGCUUGCUGCUAAUGUUCAAUAUUUCUUAUAGCAUAUGUUAAUUAUAUUCGUUUUUUUCACUUUAAUUUCGCAACUACAAUAUUUGCAUUAAUUUGUCAAUGUUUUACAUGAAUUACAUUAAACGCGUAUUUAUCACUUCCUAAUAAUUAAGUGUUUUGUAUACUUGGUUGCAGAUGCUCAUAUAUCUACAGAUUAUCAAAUGAAAAUACGUCAAUUUGCCAAAUAGCUACUAAUAAUAAUAAAUUAUAUUGCUUUAACUUUAAACUUCCUCUAUUUUUUGCAAAAGUGCAUUAGGCAAAUUUACAACAAUUUCGAUAAUAAGGGAUUGUCGCAACAACUGAUUACGGUCUCUUCUGCGCGGUGCAGAAAAUGCUAGGAUUCUUUUUAUUUAUUUUUUUAAAUAUUCAAUACUUU